CCGACGCAUCCUUUGCGACGUCUGGCUGGCAUGAUGGCCCCACACCAGCUUACAUACCACGCCUCUCGGCUCUCUGUCUCUCCCUCGACCAGAGGCGGAGAGCACUAUAGUCACGAGCUCCACAGUCCAAGCUCGCACUCGCAAGUGCUAGCAUCUCUCGGGAAUGGCGGCGGAGUCGCGUGGCUUCGUGAUGGCGGCUGUGAUGGUGGUGGCGGCGGUGGUGGCCGUGGUAUCGGUGGCGCCGUGCGGCGCGGAGGCGAAGACGACGAUCGAGCCGUGCUCGGGGUCCGACUCCUGCCCGGCGCUGCUGGGCUACACGCUCUACGCCGACAUGAAGGUGUCCGAGGUGGCCGCGCUCUUCGCCGUCGACCCGGCGGCGUUGCUGGCCGCCAACGCGCUCGACUUCGGCGCGCCAGGGGCGGCGCACCGCAUCCUGCCCAUGGGCCUCUUCGUGCGCGUGCCCACCCGCUGCUCCUGCGCCGACGGCGUCCGCAAGUCCGUCUCCGUCCGCUACGCCGCGCGCCCGGCCGACACGCUCGCCACCGUCUCCGACGUCGUCUUCGCGGGGCUCGCCUCCUCCGACCAGAUCCGCAACGAGAACGGCCUCACCUCCGCCGACCCCGACGCGCCGCUGGACGCCGGCCAGAAGCUCGCCAUCCCGCUGCCAUGCGUCUGCUUCAACUCGUCCGACAACAACCUCCCCGCGGUGUACCUCUCCUACGUCGUGCAGGUCGGGGACACCGUGCCCGCCAUCGCUGCAAGCUACGAGACCACCGUCACGGAUGUCAUGAAUGUCAAUGCCAUGGGGAGUCCCGUCGCCGCGCCAGGCGACAUUCUCGCCAUCCCAUUGCCAGCAUGUGCAUCUACAUUUCCAAAAUCCGCAUCAGACCACGGACUGAUUGUAUCAAACGGAACUUACGCGCUUACCGCUAGCAACUGUGUGCAGUGUAGCUGUGGACCUGGCAGCCUCAAUCUAUAUUGCACGCCAACUUCACUGUCGGGAACCUGUCCUAGUAUGCAAUGUCCUAACAGCGACGUGAUGCUUGGCAAUGUGAGCACCCAUCCAACCGGUGCUGGAUGCAACGUCUCUGCUUGCAGCUACGGAGGUUUUGUUAAUGGAACUAUAACAGCUUCGCUAACCGCAGGUCUCCAAGCCAGAUGCCCAGGACCACGCCAGUUUCCCGCACUGACGGAACCACCUACCACGGUGAGCCACGACUCAACGUACCUUCCUCCGUUAUCAGCGCCUGGGCCAGCGGAAGCUGGUGGCGUCAUGCCUGAACCAGGCUCGCCAGGGCCAGGCGCCUCGGUGCAAGCAGGGCCCUUCACGCUCCCGAAAGUGUCUAAGGCCAAUGGCCCCGCUGGCAGCGUUUCAGCAGCUCCGUUGGUGGGUAAACCACUUCGAAUCCUACCCGUCCUGGUCUCCUGCCUAGCUUUCUACUUGCAGCUCUGAUCGAGUGAACCCACGUCGCGAUGAAUUCUUUAGCUUUGUCCUGUCCCCGCAGCGUAGUAUGCUUUUGAAGCACCAAAGGGACAUCAUUGCUCGAUCAAACUCUCUCUGAGUUGUUGUUCUAGCUUUGUUUCGCGAAAUCUCCCCGGCAAAACUGCGCGCCUAAACAGCGUAUCUGAUGAUGUGUUCGCUGCUUUUGUACAAAAAAAGAUAUGGCCCUAUUGUGAUGUGUAAAGCAGUAAAGUGGUAGCUAUUGUUCUUCUC